ACUGCCGCCGCCAUUUGCCUCAGCCAUUUGCCCUGGGACGGCCUUGACCCACCGCGGGCUGUGCCAGCGCCGCUCCUUAGGCCUUUCGUGGGGCCCAAACAGGGAAGGAGGCUAGGCUUCACCUUCGCGCUUCGCAGGGGCCGCGACUCCCUGCAGCGGGUGUGCCCCCUGGCCGCUCGCCGGGCCGCGGCCUCUCGGCCGCCCUCCUCCCCUCGGUCGCCGAGGGCGGUGCCCCGAGUCGUGGUGUCUUUUACGCCGAGGCCGCCCGGGCGCUCGCCUCUUUUCGCCUUGCUCGACCCGCGGGGCCCACGAUGGCGGCGCCGCCGACCGGCCCGACCCAGGUCAGUGGACGUUGGCGUCGGAGUUGCUGCGUCUGUGCGAGGGCGGAGACGGGCCCCCAGUGGCCCGGGAGCCCCGACGUCCGCUGGGCCGAUCUCCGCACUCGCGGGGUGUGGAGGGUGGGGCUGGCUUGCGGCUUAACUGACCCCCUGUUCCGUGGAGUGCUUGGUCUCGGGCUCGCCAGUAAGUUGUGGAAAGAACGAAUGAUGCUUCCGCCUGGGACUCCCGUCAGUCUUAGGGUGUCUGUGACCUUCGACGAUGUGGCCGUGACUUUUACCCAGGAGGAGUGGGGGCAGCUGGACCCGGCCCAGAAGACCCUGUACCAGGAGGUGAUGCUGGAAAACUGUGGACUUCUGGUGUCUCUGGGGUGUCCCGUCCCCAGACCGGAGCUCAUCUGCCAGCUGGAGCGCGGGCAGGAGCCGUGGACGGCGAAGAGAGGCCUCUCCCAGAACACCUAUCCAGGUGACAAGGACAAACCCAAGACCAUGGAACCCACCACUUGUGAUCCAGCCCUGCCUAAGGGGGCCUCGUUCCAGGAACUAAGACGUGGUGACCCAGGGAACUGUCAGCUGGGCCAAACCAAGGAUCAGCGUGGACCGUCAGAAAUGCAGGAAGGACACUCGAGACCAGGGUUCGAAGCCCAGAGGGAGAAGCUCCCUGAGAAAAUGACCCCUGAACAUGGUGGUUUAGGGACAGCUGAUGGAGUGUGUUCGCGGAUUGCACAGGACCUGGUCCCCCUAGGUGGUGCCAUCCGUGACUGUGACUCAUGUGGAUCGGGUAAAGAUCCCAUGAUUCAAGAAGAGGAAAAUGCCUUUAAGUGCAAUGAAUGCGGGAAAACUUUUAAUAAGAAGCACCUUCUUGCUGGACAUGAAAAGAUUCACUCUGGAGUGAAGCCCUAUGAAUGCACUGAGUGCGGGAAAACCUUCAUUAAGAGCACACACCUCCUCCAGCACCACAUGAUCCACACGGGGGAGAGGCCCUACGAGUGCAUGGAGUGCGGGAAGGCCUUCAACCGCAAGUCCUACCUUACACAGCACCAGCGGAUUCACAGCGGGGAGAAGCCUUAUAAGUGCAACGAGUGUGGAAAGGCCUUCACCCACCGCUCCAAUUUUGUCCUGCAUAAGAGGAGACACACUGGUGAGAAAUCCUUUGUGUGCAAAGAGUGUGGGCAGGUCUUUCGACACAGGCCGGGUUUCCUUCGACAUCACAUCAUCCACACUGGCGAGAAUCCCUACGAAUGCUUCGAGUGUGGCAAGGUCUUCAAACACAGGUCCUACCUCAUGUGGCACCAGCAGACUCACACUGGGGAGAAGCCCUACGAGUGCAGCGAGUGCGGGAAGGCCUUCUGUGAGAGCGCGGCCCUCAUUCACCACUACGUCAUCCACACGGGGGAGAAGCCCUUCGAGUGCCUGGAGUGCGGGAAGGCCUUCAACCACAGGUCCUACCUCAAGAGGCACCAGAGGAUCCACACCGGGGAGAAGCCUUUCGUGUGCACCGAGUGUGGAAGGGCCUUCACCCACUGCUCUACUUUCAUCUUGCACAAAAGGGCCCACACUGGAGAAAAACCUUUUGAGUGCAAAGAAUGUGGGAAAGCCUUUAGCACUAGGAAGGACCUCAUCCGACACUUCAGCAUCCACACCGGGGAGAAGCCCUUCGAGUGCUCUGAGUGUGGGAAGGCCUUCAACCGCCGCUCGGGGCUCACGAGGCACCAGCGGAUUCACAGUGGAGAGAAGCCCUAUGAGUGCAUGGAGUGUGGGAAAUCCUUCUGCUGGAGCACAAACCUCAUCAGGCACGCCAUCAUCCACACCGGGGAGAAACCCUAUAAGUGCAGCGAGUGUGGAAAGGCCUUCAGUCGUAGCUCCUCCCUCACACAGCAUCAGAGGAUUCAUACUGGGAGACACCCCGUCAGGGGCAGCACAACAGAAGUGGGGAGACCCUUCACGAGUGGGCAGUCCUCGGUCACCCUGCGAGAACUCCUUCUGGGGAAAGACUUCUUGAAUGUAACCACCGAGGAAAACCUUUUGCCAGAGAAAACAUCUACCAUGGCAUCUGAUCGAACAUACCAAAGAGAGACCUCCCAGGUAUCUUCGCUGUGAGAAAAUCAUCCAUCCCAGGCCAUCAGGAGUCGUGUAGAGAUGCAGUUAGAGAUUGACCCGGCCCAGAGCCUUACUGUGCAUCUGAGAGUUCAUCCGGGAGAGUCCGGUGUUGAUUAUGCAGGAAGUAAAAUGUUCAGCUACUUUUUUCUUAGUUUACACUGCAGCGUUAUCUCAGGAAUUUUUAUAAAAAGAAGGUGGAGAUUAGAAGGGCAAAUGAAAUGAAAAGUUUGUGAGACUUCUCUGUCAAGCUUUGUCAAGCACUUUGUCAUGGAUUCCUUUGUUUACUUGGGGCAGGGGGGGUGUUUCAGAGGCCACGGGCCUUGACCCUUUAUGUGUCUUGUAUAUACAUUCAUUGCUGUUCAGUGGCAGGAGAGUUAGACAGAUGAGAGGGCAGGUAUUCAAAGCGGUAAAUACACACAUAAGAAUGGGCACAUUGUCUUGCACCAGUUAAGACGUUAAGACUUAACAGUUUUAGAAAACAAACUUUUUUAUUUGGUUUUAAACCCCAAACACCCAGACUUUUUCUUGAUCCCAUCUAUUUACUUAGUUUCCGUAGCUAUACGGUAAACCUCAAAAUUAGGUAAAAGUGAUUUCUCUCUAUUACUUAAAUUGAUUUAGUUUUCCUAGUUCCUUUGACUUUUCAUAUAAAUUUUAGGGUGCAGAAAAUCGUGUUUGCAUUUUAUAGGAAUUGGUUUGUAGAUCUGUUUGUUGAAAAGCAGCAUCAUGAACAUCGUACAUCCUAUGAUACUUCAUUUGUUUAAUUCUUGGUACUUCAUUACUGUUUUAUAAUUUUCAAUACAGGCUUUGUAUAUUUUUGUUAAGAUUUGUAACUAGGUGUUUUGUUUUUUGAGUGUAAAUGGCGUUGAUUUUUACACUUUGAUUUUCCAUAUGAUCUUCAGUAGUAUGCAGAAUGAUCAUUGGUUUGGGGGAUGAUAUUUUGGUAACCUGCACCCUUGCUGAACUCACAUUAUUUCUAGCCAUUUCUCUGGGCAGAAUCCUUAGGAUUUUCUGCAAAGGUACAUCAGCUGCAGAUAGAGUUUCAUUUCUUCCUUCCCAUCUGUUUAUCUAUGACUUUAUUUUCUUACUGCUCUAGGUGUACUUCCAAUGUGAUAUCAGCUAGGAGUAGUAAGAAAGGAUGCCCUUGACUGAUUCCUCAAAUGAGGCGGGAAACUUUCAGUUUUUCAUCAAAUACGAUGUUAAAAGUUCUUUUUGGAGUUUUCUUAUCAAGUUUAGAAAAUUUCCAUCUAUUCCUAAUUUACUGAGUUGUUUUUUUUUUUUUAAUUAUGAAUAAGCAUUGGAUUUUGCCAAAUGCUUUGCCUCCAUCAAUUGAUGUGAUUAUCUGAUUUUUCUUUUAUAGUUUAUGGAUAUAUUGUGUAUUAACUGAUUAGUUUUGAAUAUUGAACCAGUCUGGCAUCUUUGGAAUAAAUCCCACUUGGUUGUGGAGUAUAAUUUUUUUUUUACGUAUUAUGUAUUGAAACAUUCCAUUUGUUUAUAUUUUGUUGAGGAAAUUUUCCUCUAAUUUCUUGAAUUCAGAAUAAUUUUUAUAUUGGAUACAUUGGAUAGUUUUAAGAUUGGCAUUUUCAAGGAAUUGUUCCGUUUUAUCUAAAUUUUCUAACUUGUAGUAUUUCCUUAUUACCAUUUUAAUGGCAGCAAGAUCUAUACUUCUGUCCCAUUUGAUACCUGAUUUUGGAAAUAGGUCCACUCUCUCUCUAUCUUUGUCCAUCUUCUUAGGUAUUUAUCAGUUUUAUUGAUCAUUUUGAAGAACCAUCACUUAAUUUCAUUUGUUUCUGUUGUUUAUAUAAUUUCACUAACAUCUGAUCUUUAUUAUAUCCUUUCUUCUACUUGUUUUGGUUGUCUUUUGCUCCUCAUUUCUUUUCUGAUUUAAGCACUUAGUACUAUAAAGUUCCCUUAUAGCAUUGUGACAGCUUCAUCCCACAAGUGUUUUUUUUUUAGUUUAUUUUUUAGUUUAUUUAUUUAUUUUGUGUGAGGGAGAGAGAACGCGCAUAUGUGUGCCCAGGAGAGGGGCAGAGAGAGAGGGAGAGAGAGAGAGAGAGAGAGAGAGAGCAUUCCAAUUCUGCUGUCAGUGCAGAGCCCAAUGUGGGGCUUGAACUCACCAACCAUGAGAUUAUGACCUGAGCUGAAAUCAAGAGUUGGAUGCUUAACUGACUGAGCUGCCCAGGCAUCCCCCACCGCAGCUAAUUUUAAUUCCAGUUUAUUCAGCUCCUUAAGAGACUACUGGGUUCAUGAAUUAUUGUUUAGUUUUCUAGUAGAGUAUUUUCUUUAUCUUUUGUUAUUGGAUUUCUAGUUUGUUUCACAUUUGGCCUGUUUAAAUUUGUUGUGUGUUUAUGACCCAGUCUGUCUUCUUGAAUGUUCUAAAAGGCCGCUUGAAAAGAAUGUGUUCUGUCAUUGGGUGGAAUUUCUGUGAAUGCCUGCACAAUCCUCUUGGUUGGUAGUAGUAUUCAAAUUUUCUGUAUCCUUACUGACCUUCUGUUUAGUGUUUCUGUCAGUUGCACAGAGAGGAUGGUGAAGUCCUAAAGCAUUAUUGUCUGUUCAUCUUUAAAUUCUAUUAUUUUCUGCUUCAGGUAUUUUAAAGCUCUUUUGUUUGGUGCAUUCACAUUUAGUAUUGAUAUGUUAUCUUGGUUAUUGACCCUUUCAUUAUUUAAUGUCCCUUUUUGCCCGUGUUCAUUUUCUUGACUUUGAAGCAUACUUCAGUAAUAUUAAUAUAGUCCCUACUGCAUGUUUUUUUUUUAAUGUUUAUUUUUAAGAGAGAGUGGGGAAGGGGCAGAAAGAAGACAGAGGAUCCCAGGCAGGCUCUGCACUGACAGCGGAGAGGCCAACACAGGGAACUCACGAACCUUGAGAUCAUGACCUGAGCCGAAGUCAGACAACUGAGCCCACCAGGCGUUCCUCCCUAUUGCAUGUUUUGAUUAAUGUUUGCAUGGUUCAUAUUUUUCCAUAGUUUUAUUUUGAACCUUAUCUGUGUCACUACAUUUGAAAGAAGUUUCUUAUAACAGCAUAUAGUUGGGUCAUGCUUUUUUAUCCCUUCUACUUUCUGUCUUUUAAUUGGUAGAGUCACAUCACUUAAAUUGAAAGUAAUUACUGGUGUGUUAGGGCUUAAGUGUUCCAUUUUUUUAUUUUUUGCUGUGUUCCCUUCACAUUGUUUCUCGUUUUCUGGUUGUUUUUGUUAUUUUCUUGUUCUGUUUUGUGUUGUUUUGCAUUCCUGUGGGUUACUCCCAACAAUUUUUAGAAUUCCAUUUGAUAUACCUAUGAUGUUUUGAGUGUUGUCUUAAUUUUUGUACUGUAGGCAUUGUAUAUACAUAACUUAUCAGUCUGAUAUUAUCAGCAUUUUAAGCACUUUGAUGUAUAGAAACCUUAAUUCCAUUAGGUUCCUUUGCAUUUUCCAUUUUAAAUCUAACUAAGUAUUUCCCUUCUUACACCAAGCACUAUGUUGGAUGUUGUAAUUUGUGCCUCAGCUGUCAAACAUUUUUUUAAACAAAACUCAUGAAAAGAGUGGUCUGUUUAUCUCUA